AGGAGAAUUUGUCCACCGACACUGUGGCAAACAUUUCACUGUCCUUGUUGGCAACUGGCCGCCUCCUUCGUGUGAUUGCCUUCACCACCGACACCACCACAAUGUCCACGAUCAGCGCUGCCAGAGAGAGGAAGGGCUUCCUAGUGGUUUUAAGGAAAUAAGUAAAUGUAAUACCGAAAUAUGGAGAUAGGGGGCCGUUGAAAAGUCAUCCCUCCACUUGCCAGAUGACCGCGCCGCUCUCGUCACUUGUUACUUGUGUUCCUUGCACUUGGAGGGACUGUUACACCUGUUUAAACUGUCACCUAGGAGAAGAAUGGACACUAGGUCAAGAGGAUGAAGAAAACGCUACGUCGAGAUUCCUGACCAAUUAAGACAAGAUCAGGCUAGAAAGACCUGUAAUUUUCAUAUUUUAUCUUAUCCUGCGGUUCCUCCUGCACCAUGUCCGGGAACGACGUGGGGAACCAGGUGAUCCUUGCCACGGCGAGCUAUGACCACACCAUCAAGCUGUGGCAAGCCCAUAGUGGCAUCUGCCAGAGGACUCUCAAGCACCCGGAAUCGCAAGUCAAUGCCAUGGAGAUCACUCCAAACCGUCAGCAGCUUGCAGCAGCAGGAUACCAACACAUCCGCAUGUACGACCUCAAGUCCUUGAGUGAGGAUCCUGUCAUCAACUUCGAAGGCAUCAGCAAGAAUGUGACAGCUCUUGGCUUCCAGGAGGAUGGGAAGUGGAUGUUUACUGGGGGUGAGGACUGCACAGCCAAGAUAUGGGACUUGAGAUCAUACAACUUGCAUGUGUCAAGGAUCUUCCAAGUGAACUCACCUGUCACCUGUGCCUGCCUACACCCCAACCAGGCUGAGCUCUUUGUUGGGGACCAAUCAGGUGUUAUCCACAUCUGGGACAUUAAGACUGAACACUAUGAACAGUUGAUCCCAGAAGCAGAUGCCAAUAUUCAGAGCAUCGCCAUAGACCCUGAGGGCACCUACAUGGCAGCCGUCAACAACCUAGGCAAGGCGUACGUGUGGCGGCUCUCAGGCGGCACAGGAGAGAGCCCCACCACCCUCACACCUGCCCGCUCCAUCCACGCACACAACAAAUAUGCUCUCAAAGUCAGGUUCAGCCCAGACUCAACCAUGAUGGUGACCACCUCAGCAGACCACACUGCCCGAAUUUGGAAGACCGCUGACUUCUCCCAGAUGACAGAGUUGAAUGAAAGCAACCAGCGGUGGGUGUGGGAUGUGGCUUUUUCAGCUGACUCACAGCACAUCAUUACAGGUUCCUCAGACAAUGUUGCCAGGCUGUGGUCCGUGGAGAGCGGUGAGGUGAAGAGGGAAUACAGCGGCCAUCAGAAGGCCAUCUCUGCAAUAGCCUUCAAGGAUGUCUUGUACCCCUCCUGAGACCCUGCAAAAAAUGAUGAUCAGAGAAGGAGAGGAAGUUGUGGAAGUGGCCUUCAAUCAAAGAGAUGAUAACAACUAGAUGGAGAGGUACUUUAACAAAUCAUUCUUAACAGGGAAGGGAUGAUAAGAGACUUGAUGGAUAAAGGGAAAGUCAUGUUGGUAAUCCAUGAUGAAUACAAGAGACAUUGAAUUGUAACUAAAUGAAGAUAGAAGUGAUGAAGUGGAUGUGAAUCAUCAAUGCACACCAGGGGAGAGUUGUUAGGAAUGUAAUCUGCAACUUUUUGUUUUUCUACAUGUUUAAUUGAGGUCAGUAUUAGGAAUGCAGUGGUGAGAGAAUAUUGGACACUGAACUUCACCAGCAUGAUGCUCAAAUGAUAAAUGCUUCCUCUUGGUGUGUUGCUUGAAAGAUAAUACUUGUUCCCCUCAAACUUGGUGAUCAAGAAGCAGGAGUUCCCAUUGUUCAUAAGCUGUGAAUUCAUAUUUUUGUGUGCUUGAUAGUUGGGAGAUACCACAUUAUGAUCCAUUUUCCUGAAGUAAAAAGAUACUUGAAAGAUUUGAGACUGAUGUAGAGAGAAACUUACAACUUAUCAAAUUGCAGGACAUUGUAUUAGAAUGAGACUGGAGUGAGGAAAUAUAGGGUACAGGGACAGGAGCAUAUGGAGAUUUUCAUACCAUGACUACCUCUUUGAAGGGCUUCCAAGGAACAGUUAUCAGAAUAGACAGCAGCCUUCCACAGUGGAUGGUGUUGUCACAAUUCUUUUCUAGUCAAGUCUGCUGAUUCCUGCUCCUUGGAACUCCUACAAGGGAUGGCCAUGAGAGUUUACAUUUACAUGUCUUCUUUCACCUCAUCUUUGCACACUCUGGUUUCGUGCACUACUAUCAUUGAAACCAUUGUUAUUUCAUUCACGUAUUCCCUCCAGGUGACAAGACCAUCAGGAAGCAGGAUUGAUCAUGAUAUUGUGAAAGAUGAUGGGUGUGAGGAAAACUUGAGAAGCAGGUAUAGAGUAAAUGAAAUUUACUAGGCAAGGUGACAUACAACAGAGUAAAGUGCACCACCAUUCUCAGUAUGGUGCCAUUAUAGUUUACUAAUAUCAGAGAGAGUAACCUUUGAGGGAGGGAGAGUCUUUUGAACCUAGUUUACCCCUUGGCUGUUGGAGCAGGCAGUGUUAAUUGUGUGCAUCCUUUUACCAUAUUGAUUAUCCACUUGUCUCAGGAGUUGCAGGCCAGAUAUUGUUCUGUGCAGCUUUACUUGAUUCCUAUACCAUGUCCAGAGUGAGGGCACUGCUUGCUGUUGAAGUUUGCCUCACACCCAGCAGUCUUCUGUGAUAGGUCCUGUACAGUUGUUAAGUUGGCUUUGUAACUAGGGUGUAUGGCAGUAAAGUUUCUCUCUCUCUCUCUCUCUCUCUCUCUCUCUCUCUCUCUCUCUCUCUCUCUCUUUCUUUCUUUCUUUCUUUCUUUCUUUCUUUCUCUCUCUCUCUCUCUUUUCUUUCUUUCUUCCUUAACCCCUCCCAUGUGCCUCCCUCCUUCCUCAACCCCCUUCCCUCUCUCUCCCCCCCUCACCUACCCUCCCUUGUACUUACAUUUCCAAGCAUCAGUGUAUGGUGGUGGUGUUCAUGCAGUAAUGGAGGCACUGAAUACAGCUAGGGAUAAGUGUAAAUAUUUUAUUAAUUUGUAAUAUAGUUUUAUAAUAAUGAAGUGCAACUACCAGUGCUAGAUACAUAAACAAGUUAUGUACACAGUGAUGAUGGAUGGGAUAAACUGUCUGCAGUCUCAGGUGGUGAGUGCCUGCAGCGGCACUGAUGCUGCAAAUGUAGGGUGACUGAAAUCCAUUCUGGCCUUGGUGAUCAUCUUAGCUUGAUCUGUAAGAUGUUUGAUUUGGAUUUGUUUGUCCUGCUAGAGCUCUGAUCCCCACUGCCAAGUUAUCCCAUCUGCAGAUAUAUUUCUCAUUGUUUCAAUGAAAUGCAGGAAAAUCAAUUUAAAGAUGGGAAAACUAGCAUGAGGUAUUCCAUGGGAAUCAAAUCUCAGGCAGGACACAACAUAUGUCUCACACCUUACUGACCAGGCCAAAACAACUACCAAAGUCACCAAAGUCAAAGUGGAUUUCAGUUGCCUUUGUCCUUUCUCUAUACAAGGAUGACCAAGAAAGGAAAUGUGUGUUGUUUCAAUUGCAGUGUGUAAAUGUACUGUGUAAUUUAGUUUCUUAGUCUGCUGUAAUGUCAGUGUUUUGAGGAGGUGAAAGGAAAUGAGUAUAAAAAGGUGGGUGUAUUCCAGCAAGUUUGUACAGUUACUUCAUCAGGGGAACACAGUAAAUUAUGGUGGCAGCAAGCUGUGUGAACCAGGACAUGCAGACAACAAUGCUCACUAACUGGAAGUCUGGUGAGGAGUGCACAGCCUGACACACAGCACACCAGCACUGAACUUACUGAUCCCCUGAAGAAGCACCUGCAAAAUCAAACCCAGACCUGAACUAAAUUACAAAAGAGAGCAUUCAUUCACUACUGCUGUACUUCCAGAACUUAGUGAUUUUCUCUCAUGGCUUUUGCAAUUAUGACAUUCUAUCUUAUAUAAAAUAAAUACUUGAAAGGCAGCAUAAUUGCAGAAGUCAAGUCUAUCUAAGAAAUACUGUAUGUUAAUUACACCCACACAAAUAUUACUGAAGACAAUUGAAAUCCAUUUUCAUCCCAAUAAAUGACUGCAGGUGUGAGAUUACAGUAAAAUUACAACCAUUAACAAACUUAUGAUCACAUGGCAGUAGUACAUCAGUUGACUGACUGACUGAGUGAUUAACUUUGGCUCAGACUGCUCAGUUCUGGUCAAUAAAUCCUGCCAAGAGACUCUUACUUACGCUGCCUAUGAGCAUUGGGUAUGACAGCCGGUGAGUUACAAAUAUAUUAGGUCUGCAGUGCAAUGCAAGGCAGUGCAGAGAAAUGUACAAUACAGCUUCAUGAAUAACCAGCAUAUCUUCAGUUACGAAAGAUUUGUGGAGCACAACCCAAUACCCUAAACUGUUUUCUUUCCAUCCAUCAGAAGUCUCCAUAUAUGAACCCCACUAGUCUGAAAAACCAUUUAACAUUGAAUUCCAAACACAUUAAACAUUUGGCCUGUUAACUGUAAUGGGGUCAAGGUUUGGAAGACAUUCUCCAACAUUUGGGGAAAACAGAUUAUGGGAAGCAUUGUGUUAACAUCACAGCAGCACUACAUGACAGUUAAGGAGAAAAGGGGAACUGCAGGCACCUUGCAGGGCAUUUUUUUAUGUAAAACCAAUACUAAAGGCCCGUCCACACGACAGGCAACUGUAUGGCGGGCACUCUGAUUUGUCCGUAAUUCUCUCGCAUUGAAACACUGUUACCAGAUCAAACUGUCCAAUUAAGGCAGCCAGCAGGUACAGGCAGGCGAACGUAUGACUUGGGUCAGACGGCGGGCAGAGGGCAGUCAGAGCUGUACCAGGCAACGUCAGCCAGCGGGGUGUUCGGUACAACAACAUGGGACGUAAAAAUCGUAGCUGGACAGUUGAAGCUGAACGCAUAGCUUUGUGUACAAUAAUUAUUGCUAUGUGCAAGAAGAAAAAGGACAGGAGAGAGAAGAAACAAUGGUGUAAGAAAUGGUUGGAAAAUAGAGCAACAUUGGGAAGUCACGUGACCCUUUUAUGUGAAUUACAAAGUGAUCAUCACAGGGACUUUCACCACUAUAUGAGAAUGGACCCAGAUACUUUUUACAGACUUCUAGCAAAAGCACAACAUCGGAUUGAGAAACAAGACACCAAUAUGAGGGAUUUCAUAUCUGCAUUAGCUCGACUGGAGGCAACCCUCUUAUUUCUCAGCACUGGAGCCAGCUACUCAUCACUCCAAUAUUCUACACGAAUUUCAAAGCAGAGUUUCUCACAAAUAGUACCAGACACCUGUCAAGCUAUAUAUGACGAACUGAAGGAUGAGUAUUUGCAGGUAAUGUGUGUAGUGAUUAAAACUAUUAACCCAUCAUAUUAUAUUGCAGAGAUAAUGACAUCAGGGUUUACACUCUGCAACAGUAGUAGUAGUUACUAGGACAUCAACAAUCACAAACUAUACUCAUGAAUAAUAAUAUCAGUUAUGUUAGUUAUUUUUCCCACAGUCACUUCAAUGAAAAUACAUUGAACUCUGUAUAAAUCUAUUAAAUGCUGGGUUGCUUCCCUUGUCCACUUCUCCAUGCUGGAUAGACAAUGAGUUCACUCCAUCUAGUUGACAACUGAUACAGAUACCGAUGGAGGGCAUGUGUUGACUUGUAACAUCGUGUAUCUGGCAACGUGAUUCUUAGUCUCGAGCCUAUUCAGUGUCUCAACAACAGACACAGGCACGGGCACUUCGAUGGUUUGCCCGUGGUUUUCUCGUCUAUGACGUCAUCUACACUCGUGACUGCCAUCCGCACACAAAAUUGGUAACAGUGUCUGCCCGCCAUGCAUUUGCCUGCUGUGUGGAUGGGCCUUAACUUAACAAAAAAAAAAAAUCCACCUGAAUGAAA